GCCAAAAUGGGGUUUAGCCCAGCCCUACUCACAUACUGGUCCAACAACACUGGGGGCCUUAACCAGCCGGAGAAGCGCACUCACCUACUCCGCCGUCUCUGGGCGGAGAGAGUGUCCGUAGCGUUCCUGCAGGAGACGCACUUUCGGGGCCCAGACGCACCUAAACUAGAAAAUAAACGUUUUAGUUUGGCUUACUACGCCAACCACCCGGAUGCCAAGAGAGCAGGUGUAGCGAUACUGUUUGCACACACUGUACCCUUCAAACAUACUGCGACCCACACGGACCCUGGAGGGAGAUAUCUCUUUGUCAAAGGCACGAUUGCCGACCACACAUACACAUUCGCUAGCAUAUACUGCCCCAAACGCGGCCAACACACCUUUCUCUCCCGCACCCUAACCAAGCUGAACAAAUUUAGAGAGGGCCUCCUGAUGGUAGCGGGGGACUUGAAUAUGCCACUAGACCCACACCUGGAUACAUCCCAUGGAACUAGCACAAUAUCACCACACUGCUUACGGUCCGCCACCAAGGCACUGAACGGACUGGGCCUUGUAGACUGUUGGAGAACCGCACACCCAGACGACAGGGACUUUACGCACUUUUCCCACGUCCACCACCGCUACAGCCGCAUUGAUUACAUAUUUAUGCCCCAAGAAUACCUUUCCCUACUACACGACGCACAUAUUGGACUCACGACCCACUCCGACCACGCUCCGGUUAAAGUUCGCACAAGCUCACCCCUCUAUAAACCUAGGGACAGACAGUGGAAGCUCAAC